AUAUUCAGUAGCCUGAUUGGCCGCAGAAAGAUUUUAAAGUUUGUGAACGGUUUGAGCGGGUCAAAGCAAUUCAAACUGAAAGACUGAAUAUAAUUUAGUAAUAGUGUAAUCCAAAAAAAAUAAAUAAAUCAAUCAAUAAAUCAGAGGAAUACAUCGCCUGAGUGAAACGUGAGGUGUUGGUUUUGUUGCUAGGGUUAAGGGGGAGCCAUGGACACACUCUCGAAGGACACCAGCUCCUUGCUGGAGAUGUUUGAUUUGAAGCUGAAGGAGUACGUGAACGACGUGGAGAACAACCACAUGGUCUGGCUGCUGGAGAUCCAGGAGGAGGCCAGCAAGAUGUUCUGCAGUGAUUUCAGUUCUGAGCCCGAGUUGAUGCCCAAGACCCCCUCCCAGAAGAGAAAGGGUCGGAAGAGGCUGUCUGUGAGUGGGAGUGGGACCCAGAACCCCAACAAGAGGCGAAUCUCCAAGGGCAGGCGGAGCAAUGUGCGUCGCUCCUCCUCGAUGAAGGUGCAGGUCCUCAGCCUGCUGGCAGAGGAGGUGGAGCAGGGAGGGCAGCAGGGGUGGGAGGCGGAGGGGGCCAGGCCCAAGAGGAGCACCCGCAAGGCAGCCCAGGCUGCCAAGGAGGCCCCCUCGGACUGCCAGGCAGGGGCAGACCUGGCGGAGGGGAGAGUCCCCCAGGUGGAAAUCAGCAGUGUGGAGCGCCGGUCUGCAGAGCUUGCCCAGCAGGAGGUGGAAACAUCUGCCUCCACUAAGACCUCCAGGCUGCUGGCCGUCCCAGGAGCAUCCUCUCUCAGCGUGCCUGCAGUGGGAGCCCCUGUGCCAGAGCACAGCGGGGGCUCGGGGCGCAGCGUCUCCAAGCUGCCCAUCGCGGAGGUCAGCGGUGCCGAGGCAGGGGCGUCGGGGUGCGAGACUGACGACGCCCCCAAGUCCCGCAAGCGGGCCCCCCGGUCCUCGGGGAGGCGCUCAAUCGGGGGCCAGCGGUCGCUGCUCAGCGUGCGGGAGAGCAUGACCCGCGAGUCCCUGCGCAGGGCCAGCCGUCGCUCCUUCCUCAAGAAGAAGGCUCAGCUGGAAUCCUCCGCCUCCAGCACUGUGAGCCGUAAAAACGAUGCUGAAGUCACGGAGGAGGAGGAGGAGGAGGCGGCGAAGCAUGAGGAGGCUGUGCCUGAUGCUACCCCAGAAACUCCCAUCCCAGUGAUGGAGAUCGUCAACUCCCCAUCCAAACGUCAGUCCGGCCGGCCAGCCACCAGGAGCAGCACACAGUCCAGCCUGGAGGCACAGACCGUGCCCUCUCUGGAAGACUGCAAUCCGGAGAAGACAGACGAAGCUCAAACAGGUCUCAGACAGAAGCCCAGCUGCAAGCGUCCUGUGAACGAGGUGGAGAGCAGUGCUGGGACAGGAGCUCAGCAGGACGAGGUCUCCGCCAGCCCCAAGAAGAAAACGCCCUCCCCUCCCAGCAGGACCCACAGUGUGAUGAAGCCCCACAUGAAGUCCUUCCUCCAAACUGUGCAGAAGAACCAGCUGCUCAUGACCCCCAUCUCUGUCGGCCGCUCCACUGUCGUCAAGUCAUUCAUCAAACGCACCACCCCACUCAAGGUGGACCUCAAGACUGGUUCUGUUGAGAAGGAGAGGCAGCGUCUGGAGAUGCUGAAGAAGAAACAGGAGCAGGAGAUCGAGAGGAAGAAGAAGCUGGAGGAGGAUAAGAGACGCAAGCUGGAAGAGAUGAAGAGGAAGCGCGAGGAUCGCUUGCGUAAGGUGAUUGAGGCUCGAGAGAGGGAGGAGCAGAAGGAAGAGGAGAAGAAGAAAAAAAUUGAGCAAAAGUUUGCUCAGUUCGAUGAGAAGAACGACAAGCUGCGUGAGGAGCGGCUGGCAGAGGAGAAGGCGAAGAGGAAAGUGAACACCAAGAAGACUGAAGAGGUGGAGAGCCGGCGCAGACAGGAGGAGGAGGCGCGCAGGAACAAGAUCCAGGCUGCGGAGGAGGAAGAGCGGCUGCUCCUGAAGAGGCGUGAGGAGGAGGAGGAGCUGGAGCGCGGCAGGAAGCUGGCAGAGGCUCGCAGACUGCAGGAGCUGGAGCUGGAGAGGAAGAGGGAGCAGGAAAGGAUCCAGGCAGAGAGGGAGCGUGAGCGAGCAGAGAAGGAGAAGGCAGAUGCCCUGCAGAGAGAGGUGGCGCGCGCAGCCAGAGAGAAGCUUGCGCUGAAGGCAGCGGAGGAGAAAGCGAGGCUGCACAAGGAGGCGGAGGAGAGGAGGAAGGAGGAGCAGCGUCAAGCUGAGCUCGAGCUCCAGGAGAAGCUGGCAAAGGAGAAGCUGGCCAAGGAGAAGCAGGUGGCUGCGAAGAUCCUCAACGUCACGGUCGACAUUGAGCAGCAGGAGAACGGGGCCAGUGAGUCUGUGUGCAACCAGCAGGUGCUAAACAUCACUGUGGACAUCGAGAAAUCUCCUCAGUCCUACCAGAUGACUCCCAAGGGUGGCAACGUGCAGAAUUUGGAUGCUGAUGAUUAUGGGAUGGAUCUGAAAAGUGACGAUUCGACGGAUGACGAAGGGGAGCCAAAGAAGCCCCUCCCGUCCUGGGCUGAGGGCAAGAGGCUGAACCAGGCAGUCAUGCACCAGUACUACAACCCCAUCGAUCUGGACCGGCGCUUCCGCAAGGUCCUGCCAAUCAAGCUGGAGGAAAUCUUCUGCAAGAGCAAACCACGCUACUUCAAACGCACCAGCUCUGCGGUGUGGCACUCCCCACCCGGGGGGCGCAGCAACGCCACCAACAUGGGCACCUACUCCCUCAGCAAGUUCUAACAGCACAGCUGGAAGCAAGACUCCCACUGCGCCUCAGCGUCGUGCAUUCCUGGCUUUCCUAUGAGUAAGACACACCUGAGCUGGUGACGCUGGCUAAUCAAGAUCGUAGUGGAACCUGGAACGGGGGUGAAGCUGCUGUGCAGUAAGAGGGUCUCGCUUCCAUCCCUGAAUGCUUUGUCUGUUUGUUUUAGACUGGAAUAGAGCAAUGUACACUAUAGAAUUCUUUCAUUUUUUUUAUAUACAUAUAUAAUUUUUUUUUUUUUUACACGAGGUAAAUGUUUUUUAAGUUUCUGUUGAUACGGCGAACAUGACUGAGUUGUGUACACCUUGAAGAGCGAGCCCUCUGCUUGCUUGGAGUUGUGCUCCUUCAAGAAUCCGACCUUUCAUCUGUUUUGCUGCGCUGCACUUGUGUGUGUCUGCCUCUGUUUUAAAGGAUGAGAUGCAUAGCCUGUCUAGAGAAUGGUUCUAUUUGUCGUUUCUAUGUGGUGUUGGUAAAUUGAGUAUCGCAGCGCUCGUUUGAGAGUUCUGGAUCGUCUUGCAGGGAAUAUCUUUGCUGUGAGAUCCUGCGUGUUGUAGUGUGAAGAUUAAUGUCUGCCGCCUUAAUGAACGAAUGUGUGGAAGAGGCUAGUCUGGGUUUGAUAAUGAGGCGCAGCGUCUGUGUGUUUGUGCAUCUUAAUCUUUCAUUGUGUGUUUGUGCCUCUUAAACUUUCACUGUGUGUGCCUCAGUCGUUCACACUCUGUGUGUGCGUGUGCGCCUCCUGUUCACUCUCUGUGUGCGUGUGCGCCUCCUGUUCACUCUCUGUGUGCCUCCUGUUCACUCUCUGUGUGCGUGUGUGCCUCCUGUUCACUGUGUUUUUGUGCCUCAGUCGUUCACUGUCACUGGGUGGGGGGUUAUUCUUUUUGUACCCCCCCCCCCUCUCUUUUACUUUUCUGACUGAUUUUAAUAAAGUUUCUUUAAAUAGAA